UCAGCUCUAAUGACGAAUGGGGGGGCAGAGAUGGCCCCGUCCUUUCAGAAACAACCUUUGUGCCCACCACCAAGCCCCAGUCAAGCAUAAACCUUCUCCCCUUCAAAUGUAAAAGACAAGCCACCAGCACCAUCAGCCGCUAGCAGAGCUCUGUAGCCAGUCUGGCUGAGCUUGACAGGCGAGGGAGCAAAAGGAGAUGGUCCUGAGAUGAGAGACUAGCAGAGGUGAGGAAGAUUUAGGGCAGGUGCUGUCAAGCAAAGCUGACGCGUGUCCCCGACAGUGCAGGGACAGGUCUGCGCCUCCCUGUCACCCUUCCCCACCUCCCUUGGUGGAGGUGUCUGUGGCUCACAUCAGGACAAGGACUACACUCUGGCUCUGCUGGGACUAAUCAUAUCAGGUCUUGGCUCAGACCUUUGCCAUCUCCUUAGUGAUGUAAAUGCUGAAAAUUGCAUCUCCUGGGUAGGCUGGUCCCCGCUGCACCGUGAAGCCACCCCCGGCCACCAGCCCCACCUCGACCUGCUGCUUGACUCUCCAUUCCUGUUCAUGGCAAUGCCCCAGAAUUCGACUGGAGAAAAUGGCUUUUGUUUCGCUCAGACCCUUGACUUCUCCCGCCCAUCUCCUCCUCCCGGUGAGCCCGUCCUGAGUGGGCAGGAGGCCUGUGGCACCCCACUGAGCAAUGGUACGGUGUCAUCUGGUGUGCCCAGCCCCUCCGACUCGUGCGCUGAGCCCCUCUGCUCCAACACCCCGGGAGAGGAGGAGACCCAGUUCAGCAAAGGGAUUAAAUACGUGUCCGCUGAAGGGGAGGACCUGGCCUGUGGCUGGGGGGGGUUCACCCCGGGGUGCUUACAGCCCUUUAACACGUCCAAGGGUGUCUUGUUCUUCCUCUGUGUUGCCUCCUUCCUGCAAGGCAUGACAGUGAAUGGCUUCAUCAACACGGUCAUCACCUCCAUCGAGCGACGCUUUGACCUCCGCAGCUACCAGAGCGGGCUGAUCGCCAGCUCCUACGACAUCGCGGCGUGCAUCUGCUUGACGGCCGUCAGCUAUUUUGGGGGGAACGGCCACAAACCGCGAUGGCUGGGUUGGGGCGUGCUGGUCAUGGGCUUGGGCUCCCUGCUCUUUGCCUUGCCCCACUUCACCACGGGACGGUACGAGGCGCGUUCAGCAGCAGAGGUGGGUGUCUGCGGAGGGAACCAGAGCCUGCCCUGCACCCAGGCUGCCUCCAGCCUCUCCGGCUACAGAUUCAUCUUCAUGCUGGGGCAGUUCCUGCACGGGAUGGGAGCCACGCCGCUCUACACGCUCGGUGUUACCUACUUAGAUGAAAACGUCAAGACUAACUACUCUCCCGUGUACAUCGCUGUUUUCUACACUGCUGCAAUCCUUGGGCCUGCAGCGGGUUAUCUGGUAGGAGGAAUGUUUCUAAAUAUUUAUACUGAAAUUGGCAGAGAGGUUGACAUCACCCCGGAGAACACGCUGUGGGUGGGGGCGUGGUGGAUCGGCUUCCUCGGGGCCGGAGCAGCCUCCCUCCUCAUCUCCAUCCCCAUCCUGGGGUACCCCCAGCGCCUCCCAGGAUCCCAGCGAUAUAUCGUUAUGAGGGUGUCAGAGGCUCAUCAGCUAAAGGAUGGGAGCCACAAAAAAGCAUCAGAUCCGGACUUUGGGAAAACAGUUAAAGAUCUGCCUCGAUCAGUACUGCUGCUUCUGAAGAACCCCACCUUCAUCUUCCUCUGCUUAGCAGGAGCAACCGAAGCCACCCUCAUUGCUGGGAUGUCCACGUUUGGACCCAAGUUCUUGGAGUCUCAGUUUAGUUUAAGUGCCUCUGAAGCUGCUACCUUUUUUGGUUAUCUGGUUGUGCCAGCUGGAGGGGGAGGCACAUUCCUGGGAGGAUUCCUUGUGAAUAAAUUCAAACUCCGCUGUUCAGGAAUCAUCAAAUUGUGUUUACUUUGCACAGUGUCAAGUCUGCUGUCUAUAUUUAUUUUUUUUAUUCACUGCCCUAACAUGCCGAUGGCAGGAGUAACCCAGAUGUAUGAGGGAAGUGCUUUGCCUGGUGGCCACCUAAACCUGACAGCAGCCUGCAACGCUGAGUGUGGCUGUCUACAGGAGACCUACAGCCCUGUCUGUGGGAGCGAUGAUGUUAUGUAUUACUCUCCCUGCCAUGCUGGGUGCAAAAAAGUGUCCGAAAACCUCAGGAAUGGCAAGAAGGUCUAUCACGAGUGUAGCUGCAUUGAGAAAACUCUCCUGCCUGGCGCCGGUGAUGCAGAGGCAGGGAAAUGCACUUCCUCUUGUGACAAAAGGCCCUUGCUCCUGUUCUUCAUGUUUGUGGUGAUCCUCUUCACCUUCCUGAGCAGUAUUCCUGCCCUGACUGCCACUCUGCGGUGCGUCUCCGACAGACAAAGGUCAUUCGCGCUCGGGAUCCAGUGGAUUGUUGUACGAACACUAGGAGGCAUCCCUGGCCCCAUCGCCUUUGGGUCCAUGAUUGAUAAAUCCUGCCUGCUCUGGCAGGACCAGUGUGGCGAGCAGGGUUCUUGCUACGUAUACCAGAACUUAGCCAUGAGCCGAUACACCCUCAUCGCUGGACUGGUCUACAAGGUGCUCGGGACAACCUUCUUUAUAGUUGCCUGUUUACUCUACAAACCCCCGUCACCAGAGUCAGCUCCGGGCAGCUCAGAUACGUCUGAAAAUGGCAACUGUGACCUCCAGGAACACAAACCUUCACUGCCAGCUGAAGAGGAUAUAUAGUGUUGUAAACAUGCGAGUGACUUUCUCAGUCUCAAAAAUACGAUGAGAAGACGUUAGGCAGUCUCUAGGGUUUGGUUUUUUUUAUUAAUAGUAAUAUUAUCACUUUUUUUAGUCCAAGGUAAAUAAUUUAAUUAACCACUGGUGUGCUUGCUAUUUUCUUAACAGCGCACAUUUAAAAUUGUGCGCUGAUGCCAUAUGUAGUUACUUAAUUCUAUUUAAAGAAAGGGCUACCAUAGCUUUAUUCUAUGUCUGUGACAAGCAAGGACCACAUUCUCCACUUGUGGAAAUAAGCACUGGUAACUCCAAUGGAGCAUGUGGGGUUUAAACCACCAGAGGAUCUGGGCCCUAGUAUCUCAGUUGUAAAGCCAACUGUAGAAAAACUUCUGCUGAGACUUCCUAAGGCUGAAAAGAGCCCUGCUGUCCUGCGGUCUGCACUGCAGAGGGGACAACUGGCCCUUAAACUACUGUAUGCCAAGCAGACGGCCCCGACAGCGUCCUCCUCCCUCCUGUGACGCGCAGCAUCGCUCCUUUUGUUCAGGAGCGGGUUAUCUAAUUAUGCAAAUUUGUAUUACUGUGCAAUGGGAGAUAGGUCUGAGAGGAGAUUUGUCUAACAAAGUCAUCAGUACACUACAGGCAGCCGUCCCUGAGAGCUGCCGAGCGCUCUGUGUUCGCUGCCUCAUUUCGUUGCAGGGCUGACACCGUGGUGGACGCUUCAUUAUUUUUCUUGCAUUGUUUAAAGGUGAUGCCUUUUGUAAUGUACUGCACAAAACUUGAACUUACUUCUUGCUGUUUGUUGGGGGCGGGAAGACAUGAGAUAACAGAUCUAUGCAAUGCUUCUCUUUGGUUGCUCUGUAGACAUAGAUAAGUCAGAAUUAAUUUAAUUUGUCUCUAGACCGCUAGUUCAAGGGAGAGCUUGCCCUACGGACAGACUGCCUUGUGGAAAGAGGGUGCUGACUAGUAACUGGGUGCUUGCAAGUAGAGAGGGCAGCAUUCCCAAUAUGACGUUUGAAUGUGCACUUGCAAUAUUGUCCAACACCUUCCUGAGGGGGAAAAGUGGUAUUUAGGCAGGCGUAUGUCUGGCUUCCCUCUCAACCCGGAUCAGGCGAGGUUAGUGCUUAGUCUGCCUGUAUUUGCACAGCCACACAAUCCAGGUACAGCUCCGGGGGAGGGCUGUGGCCAACCCCUGGAGUCCUACACUGUAUAAACCACGUUCACGGGGACAGGACCCACAUUACUGAGCUGCAAAACUGGUGCUUCCUUUGUGCCAGCUGCUACUUAGAAUUACUUUGUAGAUGUUUUUGUAUAUUUUGUGUAUUUAUGCUUUUGUGAAUCCACACGGGAUGGGCUUUUGUUUCCUUUUGUUUCCACGUUAGCAAAGGGCUGACUCUCAGAGCAGAGGCAAAGCCGUUCCCGUUGCAGACAGGGAUGGUGGUGCUGGGAGCGUGGUCAAUCUUCAGGUCAAGGGCAGUCAAGAAAGCAGCUUCUUCCCUUCACAGAUCCCCUUCCACCAAAGCCAGGCAGUGACCUACCUGCUUCCAAAGCCCUUGUUUCCCAGCCUCUGUCAAGCGCUAGGAGAGACUUGAGCAUCUCCAGUAACUGCUGGGAAAGCCAGAAGUGCUAAGGGUGAGACGGAGGGUGCCCUUUGGCUGCUUGAACAUGGGCAGCUGGUGCAGCUCUGCUGGAGCACAGUGUGCAGGAGAGCCCUGUUUUUCCAGGGAGGCAGGAUUAGACUCACUGAUGCAGGAGUUAACCCCAGUACCACCCAAACACCAAAGGCUUCUUCACAACCUUCACCUGAGUUUGGAGCCGCCUGCAAACACGAGCCUGGCUCCAGGCCUUGCCCAGCAAUUGCCCUUCCCAGCUUACAGACACUUUUUGGGUACGAGCAGGGAUCUUAAAUGGGGAAAAUGCAUGAAUGUAUUUUGGGAACAUUUUAUGUAUGAUGUAUUUAUGAAAGGUAGAAGUUUUUCUUAAUAUAUAUAUGUGUAUAUAUUGCAAUGCAAUUCUAGUGUUUAUAAAAUGAGCUUUAUCUGAGUGUGGCGUUUCCAGAGCAAAAGAAAAGCUCGUGGGAUUCUGGGCAUUUUAUUAUGUUGCUGUGGGGCUGGUAAGUCAUGGAUUUAAGUAAGCAGCAACAAGGCGUUCCUGUUCCAUAAACAGGUUAUGUAGGUAUACAGGUAACUUAAAAUAUUUUAAAAUAUAUGUUUCUCAGUCUCCUAUGAAGUAUUAUAUUGCUAUAAAAGCAUAGAAA